UAUUGGUGCUGGUGUUGGUGAGCAGACAAGUAAGACUGAGACAGACCUCUAGCUCCAGAAGAUAGUGAUGUGGAACAAUGUGGUGUAGCAACAUAACUGUAGUGAAAACUAGUCGUAAAAAAAAUAACAACAUGAUAAAUAAUAAAUUAAUAUAUAAAUUAGUGCCGAAAUUUUUAUUUAUCACAAUUAUUUUUCAUGCAAUAUCUCCAUCUACGUCUGUAAUAUCAAACAAACGGCUGUGCUACGACCCUGAGUGCUCUGUGCCAAUUUCCUUGGGCAAGACGGUGGUGGUCUACAACUCCAAUGACCCCGAUAUUUUAUCCUUCGGUCCCAAUGAAGAUGUCACAGUAUUCAGUAAAAGUGCUGGUACCCGUCAAGAUUUAUGGGGUGUCCAAAUUAAUGGACGUAGAGGAUACGCUCCGACGAAAUUCAUAAAAGAAAAAAAAAUACUUAAGAAAGAUUUGGAACAUGAAGUGCCUACGGGAGUAUCUCUGCCGGAAGUUAAAUCAUCAGGACAUCAAGGAAAUGGAGAUGUGAUUAAGGACUCGGUGAUAAAUAGUAAUCCUAACCAAGAGAUACGUGAUUCUGCUGAGUCAAUGUCGCCGGUCAUUGAUAAAGUCUCGCCGUCUUUUGAAGUUAUUGAUGGGACGACAUUUAAUUUCCAAGAUGACAGAUCAGCUGAGAGCUUUGCUACGAAAAUUAUUGAGUCUGCGGAUAAGGAACAGCCUGUACUGACAGUUCAUCCCAAUUUGAUGACCACGCAAGUCGGUUUGGACGACAGGUUGACUUUGGAGACCGCGGUGCGGGAAAGCGGCCAAGAGAAGGGGAAAAUUAUAAAUGACAACCAGAAUGAUAGGGAAGAAAAAGCAGAUAAUGUUGAGAAUAAUUUAAAUACGAGGGGCGAUAGACCGCAUGUGGAAAAUAACCCGGGAAAUUUUGAAAAGAAAGAACCUGUGGUUCAGAAUAAUGGAGAUGCUAGAGAUGGAAACAGGAUGGAGAAUAAUAAUGGAGACAACAAAGCAGGAGAAUCUAAAGCUCAGGAAAAUAUCAGCAAAGAUUUAGCUACUGAUGAACCACGAGCUGAACGAAAGCAUGUUGAGGAAAAAAAUGGUGGUAGGGAACAAGUUGGAGUGUCUACUGAUGAAGCUACGAAUGGAGAGGACAAGAAAAGUGAACCUGCGGAUACUUUAACUCAAGUUUUUAAUAAAGUUUCGUCCUUGUUUGAGAGUUUUACUGAGUCUUCGGACUCGGUGCCGGAAGAAAUACCUCCGACUGUUGCACCAAAGACUUUUGGUUCUGUUUCUGCAGCAGAACAAGCUGUUACUGAAAAAAUGGAUAAUGUUGAAGCUCCGUCGACCCCUCAAGGACUUUCGGUAGGACCUGAACAUCAGUCAGGUGCUCGAAACAGUCGGACGGAGUUGAAUAAUUUUUUUGGAAAUAAAGAAAACCGGGUGGAGGCAAAUAUUCAAGUGGAGAAACGGGAAAAUAAUGCAGAGAUGAAUGGAAAUUCUGGAAAUAAAGAAAGCAAAGAGUUGAAUAAUCAAUUGAGAAAUGAACAAAAUAAAGUAGAGCCGAAUAAUGUUCCAGCAAAUCAAGAAAAUCGGGUGGAGAUGAAUAAUAAUUCUAGAAAUGAAGAAAAUAAAGAAGUAAAUAAUAAUUUUAGAAAGGAGAACAAUCAAGUAGAGUCGAAUAAUGGACCGAAAAAUCAAGAAAAUCGGGUGGAGAUGAAUAAUAAUUCUAGAAAUGAAGAAAAUAAAGAAGUAAAUAAUAAUUUUAGAAAGGAGAACAAUCAAGUAGAGUCGAAUAAUGGACCGAAAAAUCAAGAAAAUCGGGUGGAGAUGAAUAAUAAUUCUAGAAAUGAAGAAAAUAAAGAAGUGAAUAAUAAUUUUAUCAAGGAAAACAAUCAAGUAGAAUCAAAUAAUGGACCGAAAAAUCAAGAAAAUCGGGUAGAGAUGAACAGCAAUUUUAGAACUGAAGCAAAUAAAGAGAUAAAUAAUAAUUUUAUCAAGGAAAAAAAUCAAUUAGACUUGAAUAAUGUUCCAAGAAAUGAAGAAAAUCGGGUGGAGAUGAAUAAUGACUCUAGAAAGGAAGAAAAUAAAGACUUGAAUAAAAAUUUCCGAAGUGAAACAAAUCAAGACUCGAAUAAUCUUUCAAGAAAUCCAGACAACCGGGUAGAGAUGACAAAUAAUUCUGGGAAUGGAGAGAGUAGACAGAUGAUUAAUAAUUUUGGAAAUGAAAAAAAUAAAGUAGAGUCGAAUACUGUUGCGAAGAAUCAAGAAAACCGGGUAGAGAUAAAUAAUCAUUCUAGAAAUGAAGAAAGUAAAGAGACAAAUAACAAUCUCGGAAAUGAAAAAAUUGUUGAAUCAAAUAAUCUUCCAAGAAGUCAAGAAAAUCGGGUAGAAAUGAAUCACAAUAAUUCCGGAAAUGAAGAAAAUAAAGAGCGGAAUAAUAAUUUUGAGAAUCAAGAAAAUAGAGUAGAGUCUAAUAAUUUUUCAGGAAAUAAAGAAAAUUUAGUAGAAUCAGAAGUUUCUCCCAUGACUCAAGAAUUUCCUACCACGACUUUUACGCCAGAGAUUCCUGAAGAGAAAAUUAAUGAACCAGUAACUCCGGGACACCAUAGUGAUAUUACAUCGAACGAUAAUAAAAAUAAUGAGAACAGUCAUGUCGAAAAUAUUAACAGCCCAGAAAAUCUUAGUGAUCAUCAAGAAUUAAAUGGUCAGCCUGGCAUCUCUAAACAGGAUGAAAUUACAGGCUCGAGCCCCGAAUCAACAGUCGAUCAGCCCUCGAGCUUCAAUGGAUUUCCGUCAAGCGAAAAUUUGUUGAAUGUUGAGAAUGUUGAGAUUCACUCUCCCACCGAUCAAUCUGCUGAAAUCACAGAAUCCGUAGAAAAUAAGUCAGAAGAAAUCGAAUUUACGAAGGAAGUUUACGAGGAAUUGAUAACCACCACCAGUCCACCAGAAGAAAUUCAAAAUAUUCCAGAAUAUACGAAUCCCUCAAUUGAUUCAGAGGAAGAACAAGACGAAGAAGAAGAAAUAGACACGGCAAAUAUUGAAGACUCGAAACCAGACAUGUCUUCAGAUGUUUGCCAUGUCGAUGGAGAUUGCGAUCAACUUGAAAAUCAAAAUCUUUCUUCAGAAGAUCCCGCCGAAGAAUAUUCGAUACUCAGUUCCUUCGGAACUCAAAACUACUGGGAAACUUUAUCCUAUUUAGCUUUGACGGCCUUUACCACUUUGCUCUUUUCCCUCGGAUACUUUUACAUCGAAAAUUCCAGACGCGAUGGACAAUUGAUUGCUAAAAUAAAUAAACUGGAAAAAGAAUUAUUGAUAUCCACAAAAGAAAAUUCAGUCCUAGAUGAUUCAUUAAAAUCAACUAAAACUAGACUGGGUUCAAUCGAAGACGAGUCAUUUGGUUCCAAUGAAAUGGUUACGUCUCUAAAAUCCGAAUUAGAAGCAGCCAAUAACACCAAGAUGGAGUUGGAGAUGCAAAUAUCAACUUUAGAAAAAGAUUUAGAAAGCGCAACAGAAGCUGGCCUAGAAUUAGAACGAAUGUUAAGAGAAGUACUCGCUUCAAAUAGCCAAGAAAAUCCGCUGACUAAAUCCAUCGAAGAUUUGCAGACUCGUUUGAAUACUCAGCAGACUCUCAAUGAGUCUUUGAAAAACGCGCUUUUGCUUAAAACUCAAGAGCAUGAAUUUGAUAAAGCGGAGAAUGAGUCUCUGAUUAUUGAGGUUGCCGGUAUGGCUAAAAAAUAUGAGCAAGUGGAGGUUGAUUUUACUCGAGUGAGUGGACAAUUGCAGGAAGUAACUGAAAUUAAGAAUAUGAUUGAAGAAAAGAUGACGAAUAAAAUGAAAGAAAUUGAAAAAAAAUUAUCUGAUGUAUCAGCAGAAAAAGUGGCCCUUCAUAAAAAAUUAAAAAGAAAAGAAGUGGAAUUAAAAGAUUUACUGCAAGUGGUAAAACAAUCUAACACUGGUAACAUCGAUCUUUCAAAAUUGUCAGACAUAUCGCGGAUUAAAGCAGAAGCUGAUUUGUUGAAAGAAGAAAGAGAUGAAUUGAAAGCUAAAUUGAGUGAUGUAGAAGGCGCUCAUCAGUUACUUGAAGAGCAUGUGAAGAUAAUUAACGAAGAAGUUGUGUCAUUAAGCGAGCAAUGCAAAGUUGCGAUGAAGGAAAAAGCUGAGGCUGAAACUCGUUUGGAAGUACUCAGUAAAUUCUUUAAUGAGAAAGAAGCCGAGCGGCAGAAAGAAGAGUCGAUGUGGUUGCAGCAGCAGGGAGAAGUCUCAAUUGGUGUUGAGAAAUUACAGAUGAUGCAGAGCGAAAUUCAAAAUUACAAACAACAAAUAGAGGCACUAAAACGUGAGAUAUUGGAUCAGGAAAAAGAAUAUAAAAAGCAAAUUGCGGAUUUAGAGGCUAAAUCUCAUGAAAACUGGGUACGCGCGCGUCAAAAUGAACGUCGUCUUGAAGAAUCAAAAGCCGAAGCUGGACAGCUGCGUAACAGACUAACGCUCUUAGAGAAGAACUUCAGUGACACUGAUUCCGACAUAAAAACACAUCGACGCAAACGUUUUUCUAAAGUCAGGCAGUUUUGGAGUACUAUGGAGGGACAUAAUAACAACUCCCAUGCUAUUCACACUAUUAUUGACAACGAGAAUUUAAAUGAGUAGCAGGUUCCUUUAAAUGCUGCAUAGUCUGGGUGCAACAUAAUGGAUACCAUAAAUAUUUUUUAAUUGUAAUUGUCAUUGUAAUAAUUCCAGUAGAUAGUUAAGACAUUAAAAAUAAAUAAAAAUCUUUGUAAGAAAUUAUAUAUCAAUUUCAGGUGCUCGGCACCUUCCGUAAAUGCAAAAAUAUUGAGUGUGAAUGUAGCGGAUAUGAAACAGUAUAAAUUUUGAAUAAAUUUAAGUAACGAAAUUUAAAAAAUGCGCGUUCUAAUUUAUCAAUUAUCCGAGUACGCAUUUUUUAGUUUUCAUUCUUUUCUUAAAUUUUAUUUAUUCAAAGUUUAAAAAAUUUGAAUUGUCAGGCAAAUUCACGCUCAUAAAAUAUUAUUUUAUUGUUAAUUUAUAUAAUUGUCUAAAUUUUUUCUUAGCACGAUGAAGAAAAAUAUUUUAUUGUGUGACGAGAGAUGAAACGAGACGAUUUCAGAUUAAGUUUGUGGACUGGAGCCGAAGGCGAGUGCUGCCAUCACAAAAUUUAAAGGAUUCUGAAGCCAGCAGACAAUUAAAAAUUUUUGAAUUUUUUUUCUGCAAAUUAAUUACAAAAAAAAUUUCAAACUGUAGCAAUUAUUUGAUUUAUUUUUUUUUUAUAAUUUAUCGUUUUGAAAAAAAUAAAAAAAUUAUUAGACGUCGGUUAACUUCAAUGUCCUGAUUUGAAAUCGUAUUUCAUCACUAGUCACACAAUAUACUAUUUUAUAAUUACCUGCAUUGAAAUUUAGUCUGAAGUAGGACACGACAGCUCAUUUUUCUGCCCAAUAAAAAAAAAACUGAUUAUUUGAAACCCGGUAAAUUACCUCAGUUUAAAAUUAAUUAAUUAAAUUCACUAAAUAAAAACUUUAUUGAGCUCGUGGUUUCAAGGCAGGUGAUAAUAAAAAUACUAAAAUUGAUUUUAAUAAAUAAAUGACCGAUUGUUGAUGAUAAUUUGUGUAUGAUAAAAUAAUAAUAAUAUAUAUUAUUUGUUAUUGUUAUACAAAUAAAAAAAAAUAAUUCAAUUUUGUAAUUAUGUAUUUUAGAAAAAUUUUUCUCGGUAUAAGGAAUGCAAUAAAUGUAUAUUUAUACAAUA